AUGUCUGUCCGAAGAAAUGUCCGUCUACGUCGCGAAUAUUUGUACCGCAAGGGUCUGGAGGGUAAAGAGCGCUCAUUGUAUGAACACAAGCAACAAUUAAAAGAGGCCAUACGCAGUGGCAAAGCCAUUCCGACCGAGUUACGCAGUGCAGAGAAGAGUCUGCGACAUGAAAUGGAAUACGACGAUGAAGCGCAUGAAAAGCCGCUUAAUCACAUUGACGAUGAGUAUAAAAAUGCCGGUAUGUUUGACCCCAAGAUUGCCAUUACGACAUCACGUGAACCAAGUUCAAGACUCAAGCAAUUUGCACAGGAGAUUCGUCUCAUUUUUCCCAAUGCCAUUCGACUCAAUCGUGGUGCACAUACUAUAGGCAAUUUGGUGGAGAGUGCAAGAGCCAAUGACUUUACAGAUCUCGUGUUGGUCACGGAGACCCGGGGUGAACCAGAUGGUCUGGUGGUAUGUCACUUGCCUUACGGCCCUACGGCCUAUUUUUCACUGAGUAGCACGGUGCUGCGUCACGAUAUUGAAGACCGUGCUACGAUUUCUGAGGCGUAUCCGCACCUCAUCAUUAACCAGUUUGAGACGCCGCUGGGCAAGCGUGUUGCAAACAUUCUGAAGCACUUGUUUCCUGUGCCCAAGCCUGAUACCAAGCGUGUUAUCACGCUUUCGAAUGAGAACGACUUUGUGUCGUUCCGACAUCACGUCUUCAAGGUGACAGGACGCGUAGUAGAGCUGCAAGAAUGUGGACCUCGCUUCGAACUGCAACUGUACCAGGUAAAGCUUGGAACACUCGAUCAGAAGGAAGCGGAAAACGAGUGGGUCUUGCGACCUUAUAUGAACUCUGCCAAGAAACGCCGAGUGUUGUAG